CCUUGGCACCAGGACUUUAUUUUCAUAACAGCAUGAAGUGCCGUGAAACUGGAAUAGGCGUGUCUUCUCCCUCGACCCUCCCCCGCCCCUUGUCCCUCUGUUCACCCGUCGCUCCUUCCCUCCCUCCGGCGAGGGCCGUCUUUAUAACAGCUGCUCAGAGCGGGAGAGCGGGAUAGCUGUCCGAGGACGCCCGCAGCACUGAGGAGCUCGCCUGCUGCCCUCUUGCGCGCGGGAAACUGCACCGAGUUCACGGCCAACGCCUGGGCACUAGGGUCCAGAAUGGCUACAAGAGUUCCCGAUGGUUGCCGCGAUGGCCUGAAAUUCAGGUACCACAGACUUUGUGAUAAGGCGGAAGCUUGGGGCAUCGUCCUAGAAACGCUGGCCGCAGCCGGGGUUGUGACCUCGGUGGCCUUCAUGCUUGCUCUCCCACUCCUCGUCUGCAAGGUGCAGGACUCCAACAGGCGAAAAAUGCUCCCUACUCAGUUUCUCUUCCUCCUGGGUGUGCUGGGCAUCUUUGGCCUCACCUUCGCCUUCAUCAUCAGACUGGAUGGGAGCACGGGGCCCACACGCUUCUUCCUCUUUGGGAUCCUCUUCUCCAUCUGCUUCUCCUGCCUGCUGGCUCAUGCUCUCAAUCUGACCCAGCUCGUCCGGGGGAGGAAGCCCCUCUCCCUGUUGGUGAUUCUGGGUCUCGCCGUGGGCUUCAGCCUCGUCCAGGAUGUCAUCGCUAUUGAAUAUAUUGUCCUGACCAUGAACAGGACCAACGUCAACGUCUUUUCUGAGCUUUCCGCUCCUCGUCGCAAUGAAGACUUUGUCCUCCUGCUCAUCUAUGUCCUCUUCUUGAUGGCGCUGACCUUCCUCAUGUCCUCCUUCGCCUUCUGUGGUUCCUUCACGGGCUGGAAGAGACAUGGGGCCCACAUCUACCUCACGAUGCUCCUCUCCAUUGCCAUCUGGGUGGCCUGGAUCACCCUGCUCAUGCUUCCUGACUUUGACCGCAGGUGGGAUGACACCAUCCUCAGCUCUGCGUUGGUUGCCAAUGGCUGGGUCUUCCUGUUGGCUUAUGUUAGUCCUGAGUUUUGGCUGCUCACAAAGCAACGAAACCCCAUGGAUUAUCCUGUUGAGGAUUCUUUCUGUAAACCUCAACUCAUGAAGAAGAGCUAUGGUGUGGAGAACAGAGCCUACUCUCAAGAGGAAAUCACUCAAGGUUUUGAAGAGACAGGGGACACGCUCUAUGCCCCCUAUUCCACACAUUUUCAGCUGCAGCCUCCCCAAAAGGAAUUCUCCAUCCCACGGGCCCACGCUUGGCCGAGCCCUUAUAAUGACUACGAAGGAAAGAAAGAGGGCAGCUAACUCUGUCCUGAAGACUGGGACAAACGCAGCUGGGCGGCAGAUCCAGCGGGAGCUCAAAGGGAUGUGGGCGAAAUCUUGAGUCUUCUGAGAAAACUGUACAAGACGCUACGGGAAGAACUUGCCUCCCUCCCACCUCAACCACAAUUCUUCCAUGCUGGGGCUGAUGUGGACUAACACGACUCCGGUUCUUAGUGGCCUGUGGUUUUUUUUUUUUCUCCUCCUUAGGAUACUUCUUUUAAGUGGGAGUCUCAGGCAAUGCAAGUUUAGACCCUUACUCUUUUUGUUUGUUUUUUGAAACAGGAUCUUGCUGUGUCACCUAGGCUUGAGUGCAGUGGCGUGAUCACAGCCCAGUGUAGCCUCGACCUCCUGUGCUCAAGCAGUCCUCCCAUCUCUGCCUCGCAAAGUGCUGGGACUACAGGCACGAGCCACAGCUCCCAGCCUAGACCCUUACUCUUGCUGUUAUUUCCCAUGGACUAAAGGUCUGGUCAUCUGAGCGCACGUUGGCUCACACAGCUCUAGGGGCCUGCUCCUCUCAUUCACAGUGGCUUUUGUGAGGAUUGCUUGGCCCAGAGCAGACCUGCACAUCUGAACAAAAACAGCAAAGGCCUGUCUCUCAACCCACUGGCCUGAAUCUACGCUGGAACCAACUUGCUGGCACCCCCGCUCUCCAACCCUUCUUGCCUGGGUAGGCAAGGCUAAAAGAUCACCCUACAUUUACUCAUCUCUCUGGUGUUGCCCCACAUUGGGCCUCAGCAGCUCCCCAGCACCAGUUCACAGGUCACCCCUCUUUUCUUGCACUGUCCCCAAACUUGCUGUCAAUUCCCAGAUCCAAUCCCCCCUACGCUCUGCCAGGAAUUCUUUCAGACCUCACUGGCACAGGCACAGUUGCUCCUUCUCAGGAGAAUUUGCAGAUCAUUCUUACUCUAACUUCCUGGGCCUGGUACUUCUCUGUCUUGCACCCCAGCCUCUGUAAAUAGAUUUACCGCAUUCACGGCUGCAUUCUGUAAGUGGGUGUGGUCUCCUAACGGAGGAGUGUUCACUGUGUAAUAAGUUAUUCACCUGAGUAUGCAAUAAAGAUGUGGUGACCACUCUUUUCACGGUGGUGGCAGCAGUUA